GUCACUGUCUCAUCCUGCUCGUUUUGUCUUAGAGAAAAACGAGGAUGUAGCUCGAAAAUGAAACUUGCCCGGCGUGAGUGAAAAUAAAGAAAGUCAGUGUAAAUGUAAAUUCUGAGAUAAGACAGGACAACAGACGUAUGUGGACAGACACAGAGAUGUUUCUCUUAAUUUCCCUGCUGAUCGUCUUUGUGCCACUAGAGGGAGGCAGCACACCAAUCAGCUGCUACAAUGACAAAGGAGAUGCUGUUGACUGGUUCUAUCUGUACAAGCUGCCUAAACAACAUGGCAGAAAAGCCCGGUCUGAGGGUGAGAUGUAUUUACUUAUGGACAAAGGCAGUGAGGGAUGGACUGAAGGGAAAGUGACAGUGAACGACACCUCAGGAGCUCUGGGCCGGACAGUGGGACAACUGUACUCACAAGGAAAGAACACAGAGUUAGCGUACAUCCUUUACAAUGACCAGAAGCCGACUGAGGUUCGUGGAAACAGAUGGGAGAGCAGCAGUGGAAGCAAGAGGGGACACACGAAAGGUGUUGUGCUGCUUGAUAAAAAUCAGGGCUUCUGGUUGGUUCACAGCACUCCUCACUUCCCCGCUGUACGGCAGGCUGGAGAGUAUUACUACCCCGACAGUGGUGUCAACUAUGGACAAAACUUCAUCUGCGUGACCUACCCGCUCGACCACUUCCAGACUAUUGGAGAGCAGCUGCAGAUCAAUCAGCCCAAUGUGUACGACUGCGACGUCCCCGAGUCCUUGGCGUCGCUGGUUCCUGCUCUGGCUGCCGUCUGUGAUGAGAAACACGCGUCCAAAACUGCGUCCAACCGCAGCGUGACUUUGACGUCAAAGGACGGAGCAAAGUUCAUCAGCUUCGCCAAAGGCGCUUCUUUCAAAAACGACCUCUACCACUCCUGGGUGGCCCCAACGCUGCAGUCCGACCUCCUGGUCCAGUUCUGGAUUCGCUCCACAGGCAUCCUCCCAUCCGACUGCUCACUGGGCUGGAAGGUCCUGGACAUCCAGCUCAUUAACCCGGGGCAGACGUUCACGUUCAAGACGAGCGACGAUCACUCCAAGUGGGCCGUCAGCACCGCGGCGGCCGGAGGGGAUGGCGUGGGAGGCGGCUGGGUUUGUGUGGGAGACAUAAACCGCAACAUGGCGGAGGAGGCGCGAGGAGGAGGCACCGUGUGUCAGCAGCACCCGGCGGUGUGGAAGGCUUACCGGUCAGCAGCACUGCAGUGUGAGGACUGUGGAGGAUCAACCAUCCAGUGUUGACGAACCAGGAGUCAACAAAGGCACUGAAAGACUUUCUUUUUUUUUAUUAAAGGUACAGUGUGUAGAAA